CGUACAUAUACGACGUCUCGUAACGCAUUUACGACAUGGUGUAAAAUACUUAACCACCUCUGAUCAUAAAUACAGUUAUAGUGACCAAGAUGAGAAUUGUGCAGCUAAAAAGAAAUCGACUUCUUAGUAUUAUUAUUUGCAACAUAUUAAUUCUUUUUAUAUUAUAUUUUCUUAUCAGUGUUAUUUCUGAUAAACCAAUUAAUAAUUUAAGAGAAUAUUGGUCAGAGAGUCUAAAGAGCAAACAGGUUCCAGUUUUCCUACAAAAUCUAGGAAACUUUGAACCACAAAAUGUACCAAUUAAGACUGGACCUGGAGAAGAAGGUAAACCUCAUAUCCUGAGAGAUGAUCAACAAAAUGAUAUUCAGCAAUCGGAGUCUGAAUAUGGCAUGAAUAUGGUAUGUUCUGAUGAAAUUUCAUUAGACAGAUCUAUUCCUGAUACAAGAAUGUCUGAAUGCAAACAUUGGAACUAUCCAGAGAUACUUCCUCGAACCAGUGUAAUCAUAGUAUUUCAUAACGAAGGUUGGUCAGUAUUAAUGAGGACUGUCUAUAGUGUAAUAAAUCGUACUCCUCCACAAUUUCUAGAGGAAAUUUUACUUGUUGAUGACUUCUCCAAUAAAGAUAAUUUGAAAGGGAAUCUGGAAACAUACAUAGAACAGUGGGGAGGCAAAGUGAAAUUAAUAAGAAAUUAUGAAAGGCAAGGCUUAAUAAGAACCAGAUCACGCGGUGCACGAGAAGCCAAGGGCGAAGUUAUAGUCUUCUUAGAUGCUCACUGCGAAGUUAAUGUUAACUGGUUGCCACCUCUUUUAGCCCCAAUCGCUGUCGAUAGGUCUGUGAUGACAGUUCCCAUAAUAGAUGGUAUUGAUCAUAAAACAUUCGAAUAUCGACCUGUGUAUCAAGAAGGACACUUAUACAGAGGGAUUUUUGAAUGGGGAAUGCUGUACAAGGAAAACGAACUUCCUUCGCGGGAGCAAAAGUCACGACCUCACAGCAGCAUGCCUUAUAAGUCUCCUACUCAUGCUGGUGGUUUAUUCGCAAUAAAUCGUGAAUACUUCUUGUCAUUGGGUGGAUACGAUGAGGGAUUACUUGUGUGGGGAGGAGAGAACUUCGAACUGUCAUUCAAGAUAUGGCAGUGCGGAGGUAGUAUUCUUUGGGUACCGUGUUCCCAUGUCGGUCAUGUAUAUAGAGGAUUUAUGCCGUACACAUUUGGAAAAUUGGCUCAGAAAAAGAAAGGACCACUCGUAACUAUAAACUAUAAAAGGGUUAUUGAGACGUGGUUCGAUGAUAAAUAUAAAGAAUUCUUCUAUACACGUGAACCCCUUGCAAAAUUGCUUGACCAUGGAGACAUAUCUGAGCAACUGGCUUUUAAGAAACGAAAAAAGUGUAAAAGUUUUAAUUGGUUCAUGGAGAAUGUGGCUUAUGAUGUAUUUGAUAAAUUUCCUGAAUUGCCACCAAAUAUUCAUUGGGGAGAGUUACGAAAUGUAGCAACUGACACGUGUUUGGACACAAUGGGCCAUGCACCUCCCAGUUUAAUGGCUACGUCUCAUUGUCAUGGAUUUGGUAAUAAUCAGUUAAUUAGAUUAAAUACAAAAGGUCAAUUAGGAAUAGGAGAACGAUGUGUAUCAGCAGACGGACAAGGAGUAAAAUUUGUAUUUUGUCGGCUAGGAACUGUGGACGGUCCAUGGCAGUAUGACGAAAAAACAAAAACGCUCCUACAUCGAGUUUACAAGAAGUGUAUGGCGCUUCAUCCUCAAACGCAACAGCUGUCUCUAAUGCCAUGUGACGUUAACAAUACGUAUCAACAGUGGUCUUUCCGUCAAAUUCGUCCGCAGUGGUGAGAAAAUGCUGUGACCACACAGAGCGGUAAGCGUCAACAUUGGCAUCUGGAGCGGUAACAUUAAGCAGUGUAUAAACAUACCGAUGAGUGUUGAAGUGAUGUCGUAGUUGUUAUUUUUCAGUCUGUAACAUAUCGUGGUAACGUUCGUUACGAUAUACCCCCUGAUAACCAGUUGUCUACAAAUUUCGAGCAAAUUUCCAACAAUAAAUAACAAAAAUUGUUUAAA